AUGACAGAACCAAAGACAGACAUAAAUAUAAAUGGCAUAACUUUAUAUAAUGAUAAUUUGAGUGAUAUAGAUAUUAUCAAAAGCAUAAUUGAUAAAAAUAAUCAAGAAGAUGCAUUUUAUAUCCUUGAUAUUGAAGAUAUUAUCAAGCAGCAUAAAAAAUGGUUCGCGAUGAUUCCACGUGUUAUUCCACAUUACGCAAUAAAAUGUAAUCCAGAUGAUACUGUUAUACGUGUAAUCGCAGCUCUUAAUGGAAAGUUCGAUUGUGCUUCUAAACAAGAAAUAAAACAAGUAUUAGAAGCUGGUGUGAAAAAUGAUGAUAUAAUAUUUGCAAAUCCUUUUAAAUUACCAUCUCACAUACAAUAUGCUAAAAAAGUUGGUGUCAGUACAAUGACAAUAGAUAGCACAUUAGAAGUGUUAAAAAUAAAAGAAUUAUAUCCUGAUGCCAAACUAGUGAUAAGAUUUGCAAUAGACGGUAAUACGUCUGGAAUGAAAUUCAGUGAAAAAUUUGGUUGCAAACCGACAGCAGACGCUGUUAAAUUAAUGAACUUUAUUAAAAAAGAAGGAAUGUAUUUACGUGGAUUUAGUGUACAUUUAGGCAGCCCUUGUUAUGAUACAGAUGCUUAUUAUCAUGCUAUUGAAGUUUGUAAUAAAUUUAUUCAUACAGCACGAAGUAUGGGGUUUAAUGAAACAAAUUUAAUUGAUAUUGGCGGUGGAAUGAUUGGCACUGAUGAUGAUUUAUUUAAAAAAGUAGCAGAAUCAAUAAACGCUGCAAUAAAUAAUUUGGAUCCUUCAAUUGAAGUUAUAAGUGAGCCCGGUAGAUAUUAUGUCGAAUCAGCAUUCACAUUGGCAACAUAUAUCCACAGUAAAAAAAUAAACGAUGACAACGGUAUAUUAACACAUCAUUAUUAUAUCAACGAUGGAGUGUUUGGAUCGUUUUUUGAAAAAUUUUAUGGACUUAAUAGAAUCCCAAUACCAUUAUCUCAAUCAAAUGGAGAAAAAUAUCAAUCAAUUAUUUGGGGACCGACAUGUGACUCAAGUGAUUGUGUGACCACAGAAGCGAUGAUUGAAGAUCUGAAAAUCGGUCAAUGGAUGAUUUGGAAGGAUACUGGGUCAUAUACUAUUAGUGUAGCGUCUAAUUUCAAUGGAUUUCCAAAGUCAGCUGUUUAUCCAUUUAUCAGAGAAAGUGCAAUGAAAAAAUUUAUACAAGAUGUUGAAACAUUGAAAAAGAAGAAAACUGAAAAUGGAUUUAAAUUUAUCAAUAAUAAAUAAUCUACACGGAGAGAAAAUAGUAGUAAUGAUUACCAUUCUACAUAGUAACCAGACUCUUUUUUUGUAAAAUUAUAGAUAUGCUAUAUAGAAU